CGGCCGGGCGCACCGCGGUCCCGCUCAACAAGUUCCCCCGCCGUCGCCGCGGGCACCUGCCGGAGCGGCCGCCCCCCGAGCCCCGUCUCCGCAACGCAGCGCCGGGCUCCGAUGAGGGCAGCGGGCGAGAGCGCGGCGGCGGCGGCUGCCUCUAGCGAGCGCUCCGGCGGCCGCAGCUGAGCGGUACCGAGAGCCGCUCGGGGCGGGCGGAGCGCGGCCAGCCGGGGGCAGCCUGCGGCCCCAGCCGCGCUGCUUCUCGCCGCCAGCCCGCCCCGGCGCCCGGAGGGAGAUGCGGCGCCCAGCGAGCGCCCAGACCCGCGCCCGGCAGUGAGGAGCACGAGGCAUCAUGGUGAGUAAGGAGCCCAGCAAAUGCUUACUCACCACCUCGGAAAGCGAAGUUGAGCCCGCAGCUUCGCUCGCUUUGGAGAUGAAAUAUGCACUGGAUCCCAACCGGCAGAUAAAGAAACGCAACAAAGCCCUGCAGGUGAGAUUUAAGGAUAUCUGCGAGGCCCAGAACGAGCAGCGGGACAAGCAGCUCUCCACCACCCAGGAUACAGACAAAAAAGAAGCCAAGCCCGUUUCCUACAAAACGGCGUAUCGCAAAUACAUGACGGUGCCGGCCCGGAGGUCCAUCCCCAACGUCACCAAGAGCACAGGAGUUCAGACAUCCCCCGAUCUCAAGAAGUGUUACCAGACCUUUCCUCUGGACCGGAAAAAAGGGAAUAUCAUUAAAAGCGCCUCGGCCGUUGACACCUUUAAGAGUGAGAACAACGGCUUCCUGAUAGACAUUAAGGAGAAGGACAGCAGGAGCUCAGAGGACGGCAGUCAGUGGGGCAAGAAGGCCGGCAGCCUGCAGACGGCCGAGUUCAUCUCCCACGUGGGCGAGCGGGCAAGCACGGGGCCCGGCGCAGCCUGGACCUGGCAGGGCGCUGAGCUGCACGGCUGCAGCCUCCUCAACGCGGCCGAGCCCAGCAAGGGCAAGCCGGGAGCCGAGGAGUCGGGCCAGCCCCUCCACGGGAGGGUGUUUAAGACAGAAGUGGCCACCGUCUACCUGCCGGCGGGCGGCCCGGACGCCUCGCAGCCCGAGCCCGACUGGUCGCUGUGCCCGGCGGGCGAGGAGGACAAAAAGAGGACCGUGCAUGUGAAUGGCGUGCAGGGCCAGGCGGGAGAUGCGGCCGCCUGCCCGCCGCAGGCGCAGUGCCGGGCCAGCGAAUGUAGCGAGCGGGGCCUGCAGGUGAACGCGGCGCCCAUGGAGGCUGCGCAGCCCUGCCAGGCUGCCGUCGCCCUGAGCGAGGAAUGCCAACAAAUCGUGCCUCACACGGAAGUUGUGGACUUGAAAGCGCAGCUUCAGAUGAUGGAAAAUUUGAUCAGCUCGAGUCAGGAAACCAUCAAAGUGUUGUUGGGUGUCAUACAGGAGCUAGAGAAAGGAGAAGCUCACAGAGAAGGGCUUUCAUAUCGGACCGGUCAAGACACGGCCAACUGCGACACGUGCAGGAACAGCGCGUGUAUCAUCUACAGUGUGGAAUUGGAUUUCAAGCAGCAAGAAGAUAAACUACAGCCAGUUUUGAGAAAACUUCAUCCUAUUGAGGAAACUCAGGUUGCACCUUUGCCUUAUUCUCAGGAGAGCUACUCCUCAACCCCCAAGCAAAAAUCCAAAACUGAAUCAAAAAAGCAUGGAAGAUGGAAACUCUGGUUCCUUUAACCAAGUCCAUUAGCUGUGGAGUUCAAGGCCUUCUCUGAAAUAUAUUUGGAGUUCUGUCAAUCAUCUCCACGGGAUCUCGGUGCGUUGCUCCGUGCCACCGGCCCGUGCUGCUCUGACUACUGGCAGCGUUCAGUUCUCACCAUGUGUACCAAAAAGGCCUUUGUACCUACAAACUCGUGUUCAGAAGCAAGGGGUGAUGUGACACCUCGUCAGCUUUUAUUUGCGGUUCACCAAUGUGGGAUGUAAAACCUGAAUUGGAAUUUAUACAAAGAUGGAAAGGAAAACUUAUUCCCUCCCCCUCCCUUAGAUCUGAGAGCAUCGCAUUCUGACCUGUUAAAUCGUAGGCUGUCAUCCUGUACACAGCUAAAUAUCACUCUUGUGUUAAAGCCUUUUGGGGGUUUGGUUUAUCGUCUUUAAAUAACGAGGGGGGAAAAAAGAAAAAGCAAGCAAGCCUUAUGUAUGCAGUGAUCUUCAGUUUUACAAAUCCAUGUUGAUUGGGGAGUGCAGUUUUCAGCACAUCUAUCCUGGACAAAGCACAAUUUUUCAUGUGGUCCAAGACCAUGAAUACUCUCUGAGAUGUGACUAUAUGUGUAUUUGCCUUCAUGUGUUGUAGACUUCAGCCAAGCUCUCACGUUUUGACAAUGCACCAUCAGUUCUAAUUUAGCUGUGUCCCCACCACCAGGCAAACAAGGCUGCUGCCCAUCACCAGCAGGUGGGCAGUGGGAAAUGUCCCAAGUCAGGACAGGCCUUAACCACAGCAAGCUGACAGGGUCAAGGCUACAGAACAAUAAGCCGUCCUAAAUCUCACUUUUAAUCUCUUGCUGCCCCAAAGCUCUAAACGACACAUUCUGGCACAGAAAAAAAGACAACAAUCUGAAAAACACAAAAUGAACAAUAAAAAGUUCUACGGCUUGCUGGCACUUGCCAUGAUUUAGUAACCUUUUCUAAGGCAGACUUUGGAAAACCUCUACAUUACUGCAGAAGGCACCAUAAAUUUUAUAGCACUCAUUAUGCUGUGAAACCUGUCAGGAAGGAGGCAGCAAUUUUAGAAGCUGUUUAUUUACCAAGCUUCUCAGAUGGGUUUCUCAGCCAACACAUUACAAUUUAUACCCAUAUCUAUUAAUUGUACUAACUGACCAGCACUCUCCUAGGGAGGAAAUGUUUGAUUAUUUUUCCUUUUUAUUUCUUCUUUUUACGUUGCUCUGAAUUAUACACUGAAAAUGUUUCCUUCAAGUACUUGUUGCUGUCAUUAAGCUCAUAUCUAGAACGACCACAUCUCACACUGGAAGUGGAUAGGGACAGGGAAUGCUGCUGUGUUGGGUCUCUUUUAAGAAGUCAUACAGAGCUACGUGGCAGCCUGCUUUACUAAGAAUUGCUUUUGAGAUUUCGCACCCUGCAGCAUCACUGAGACAGGAAUUCUUUAGUCUAUAGGUGGUAGAAACACCAUGAGUAGCAGAUGAGUUUGCACAUACUAGCAACUUGAAAUGUUCUCUCUGAGCUCAACAUCCAACCCAGAACUACAAGAAAAUCUGAGGAGAAACACAUGCCUGUUUGCUAUGGGGAAAAGGUAAGAAAACCAAGUUAGAAUGGGAACAGACAUGCAGAAGAUGCUAAUGUCCACCUCAAAAUGAAUUUCAGCGUGCUUUACUGAAGGUCACUUUGUAGGAAACCUCAAGAGGGCUACGAGUUCUUGUACAUACAUAAACAAUAUCCUGAAAUGCUCUGAAAGGCAAAGGAUCAAAUGAGGUGACCGGACCCUGCGUACCAGGAAGGAAGUGCAAUUGUUUCACGAGGAAGAAGUGUGUUUUGUGUAUUUUAUACCUUUUUUAAUUAGAGAUACCAAACUGUCUCCGAGGCAGCUCGCCUCACAUGCUCUAGAAACCCACCCAGUUACUUCCAAACGAGAAAAUCUAUUUUCUUUUUCCCCUAAAACGAAAUAUCAAACGUGGCUAUAACGAAAAGAUACAACAACAUUCAGCAUUUCAGCUGAAUUCAGCUGAAUAUUCAGCAAAAUAAUGGCAAUCAUUUACAGAUUCCUAUAUGCUACCGCGCCGUUUAAUUAAAGAAAUUAAAUCAAGCAUCUCUCAGCGGCAACCAGUCACAAAUCGUUAGCGUCACCUCAUCAGCAGCUUUCCCCAUCACCCCGUUCUUCAUGUCCUCACGUGCAGGGACUGACACAAAGCUCAGCUGCGGUUCUGCCUCGCUCAGAGCCCAGGGUUCCGUCUGCAUGUCACACACAGAGGAAAUCUCACUGGUGGAACGCGUGAGAGCUCCACAGGAAGGUUCUCACGGGUGUCCUGGACACGUUCAGGCUAUUUUCUUAAAAGAGUUGCAGAUUUUUAAUUUUUUACAUUUUUUUAAAAAAGGAAAAAGCCGACACACAUCCGGUCUUGCUUCGACUUCCAUACCGUGUCCUAUGGUACCAUCCGAUGUAAUUUGUAAUAAAAUGUUUUUGCAAGUGUGUAAAAAGUAUCAUAUUGUAUUGCCUUUAGAACCGCUCAGGCUCAGCAUAGGUACCCAGAGAGAACCCUCAUUCUUCAGAGCUUUUGUUCAAUGUGACACGAUGCUCUUUUCACCCUCGUGCAGAACACCUAAAACUCAGCUAUGAGGAGAUAGCAGAGAGAAAUACAUCCUCACUUUCAGCGUGGCCCAUGACACAGUUUUGCCAAAUUCACCACACGCUGAUUUGCUACAUGCACUUCUCUCAUAUCACGCCGAAGCUAAUUUUCAGUCAAUAAAUACUGCAGUGACUUUAUAUUGCUGUUUUCCAAGUCCGUAUCAUUUCCACUAAGCAGCAGUUCUUUGUUUUAUAACUACUAGGAAACACUAUUCAUGUACGUAUCACUUGUUUUCUUAAAGGAGGAUUAAAAAAAAAACCACUGUAAAAAUAGUUUAACGAUCAGGAUAAA